AUGCCUUCGGAUAAAACAGCAUAUCUCGCUUCCAAAUACCUAGUCGCGGAUCCGAAACCCACCAAGAAGCGCAAGCGCAAGAAUGCAGAAGCUCAAGGCCUUCUGAUAACCGACGACAACGACGACGCCUGGGGAACAUCCAGAAACCAGGUUGACGAUGGCGAUGACGGCCCAACUACCGUGAGCGGGACGAGCGCUGAAUUCCGAAGAAUGAAAAAGAGUAAUUGGAAACCUGUGGGAGACUCUACGGCCAAGGACGAGGCGGAUGCCAUUCUCGCGGAUGCGAUUAAGGAGAACGAUGCGCAAAAAGACGAGGACGACGCGAUGCCCAUUGUAGAGGACGAGACGACAGUGAAGAUGAGCGACGGUACGCAUGCAGGUCUACAAUCCGCAGCGGCUGUCUCGGCGCAGCUCAAGAGGCGACAAAGACAAGAACGAGAAGAGUUCGAGCGACAUCGCAAGUCAGCGCAGGAGGAAGAAACAGUCUACCGCGAUGCUACGGGCCGCAGGAUCGAUAUCUCGAUGCAAAGAGCAGAAGCUAGGAAAGCAGCUCAAGAAGCAGAUGAGAAGGAACGGCAACGGGUGGAAGCACUCAAAGGUGACGUGCAACAGGCAGAGGCGCGGCAACGCAAGGAGAAGCUCGAGGAUGCCAAAUUAAUGAAGUUUGCCAGGACAGUGGACGACGAGGAGAUGAACGAAGAGCUCAAAGACCAGACGCGGUGGAACGAUCCCAUGAUGCAAUUCAUGUCAGAGAAGCAAAUCGCAAUCAAAGGGAAGAAGGGCAGCAAGAACAGAAGGCCCGCCUACCCGGGUGCUGCACCUCCAAACAGAUACGGUAUCAAACCUGGUUAUCGAUGGGAUGGAGUCGAUCGGGGCAAUGGAUUCGAGGCAGAACGCUUCAGGGCUAUCAACAGACGGGUAAUGAACAAGGGGCUGAGCUACGAAUGGCAGAUGGACGAGUAG